AUGGCGGACACGGUCGUUCGAGCGAGAGACGUUCGAGCGAUCGUGUUGCCGUGUGGUGCAAAGGGCCAGUACAAGGGCGAAGUGUACCAGUUUCGUGAGCCGGUCGAGGCCGAAGAUGGCUUAUCGUAUCCGGGGUAUUUCUUUUGGGUCGUUCGAUGGAUAGUGGAUUUUUUGGGAGGAAACAAAAUAGGGAAUUUUGCUGGCAAGCUGCGAGACACAGUGGUCGCUCGCACGAUGUCCGUUCUGGGCGAUGGCUUGAGUUCCGACGAGGCAUCUGAGCAGGUCAAGGAAGAGGCAAGCGAAGGCGACCAGGAGGAGGCCGCCGACCGGGAAGCGGCGGACGUGAAAGUCCCUAGUGCGGAGAUGCAUGUAAGUGAAUCGAGUAUGAUGAAGCGUAUCGCCGGUGCCAAACGAAAGAAGAAUAGAACGAAACCCGAAGUUGCACCAGACUCAGACGACAAAAUGGAGGUCAAGGAGGAGGCCGAGGAUGCCGAGCAGGCCGAGGCGACCGAGGACGUCGACAUGGGGGUUGCCGAACCAGACGAGCCACUCGCGGUCAGCGACUUUAGUGUGUCGACGUUCGCUUGUUUGUGCUGGAUGUCGCAGAUGAUGGCAAAGGGCCCGAGAGCUGAUGCAAGGUGGACUUUGCCCAAGGUCGAAGUCCAGGCUCGGGCCAGAGCCUGGCUUGUCGGUCUGCAGGACACGUUUUGGCAGGACGUGGACAUCGACGGAUUGCGAAUUUCCGAAGGUCUCUUGAGCGUGGCCUCCGUGGCAGAGGUGUUUGGGAAAAAGGCAGUGAAGGGUUUCGGCAAGGAGGACGUCUCCGUGGUCAAUGCCCUGGCGAGCUUGCAGGCGGAUGCAGCACGGAGAAGUCUGUCGAAGGACCGCCGCCGUCUCUCGGAAAAAAUCUUUUCUCGGUUGCUCAAGUCGCUCGCAGCAGCGAUUGAUGGAAGCCGAGAGAAGCCAAUCUGGACGGACGUUCGUGUCGAGUCGCUGGACCAGCUCAGGACUGCCAGGGGCUACCGCAAGAUCUCCCACGGCUGCAAGGAGGCCGUUCUGCAGUCGGACCUUGGACACUCGGUCGGUGCGGCUUUGCAGGCACAGGGGCAUUUCGCCUCCAAAUCGGGCGAGGUUUCUCGAAGGAACAAGGACAGGCCAGGGAAGUUUCUCGAGGCCGAGCGUUUGUCCUACUUGGCUUCCGGCAAGCGGACAUUCGCCGAGACUGCCGUUCUGAGCGUCGUCGCAGAUGCCGUUCACGUUGGGCAGGAAGACUGGUUGAACGUGCUUGUCUGCGACCCAGCCCAGGACUUGUCGUUCGUUCUGCCGCAGCAGGUGAAGAAAGGAACGAGCAUCACCUCUGAGACUUGGGAGGCCAUGUGGGCCGGCCGCAUCACGAAGUUCUUCCAGAAGGCCGGGACCAAGGGCCGUUCGCCAGACAGUGUCGUUGGCGGCGUAAAGCAGCCAGAGCGGCAGGCCACCCAAGAGUGGCUGCGGGACAUGUCGCACAGCCUCUCGAGCGUCGGUUUGAGCUGGUCGACGUUCGCAGCCGCUACGGCGGAAGGAGAGGCCGUUCGACAGAAGAUCCUGAUCCUUUGUACGGAUCAGGAGGCCACCCAGUUGGCGGCCGCGAACUACUUGAAGUUCGGUCGCUCGAUGUUCGUGGAACACGUGAACGACCCCGCCCACCGUUCGCAUAACGACUGUCACUUGGCUCUCGCAGCGAGCGGGCUCCUGACGUUCGGCCUGAUGUCGAUCGGGCUAUACAACGUUCGGUAUGGCCCGUGGAACAAGGGCACGUGGUUCGGGAAGGUGCAGGGGAUGGCGGACGAGAUGGGCCGUUCGAUGCAGCCUUCGGAUCCGUUGCUGCUCGCUUUUUUUCCGGAGAUUCUCGCAGACGAGGGCCGUUCGCAAGACGAGAACACCGAAGAGCACCGGCGUGCGUUUCUGGAGUCGCUGCCGAACCGGCCGUUCGUCCGAGCGAAGGGCAGCAAGGCGUCGCAAUCUCGCUUCAACAGUCUGACGAUCGCCCACUCGGAACUCGACCGCGAUUGGUCGGCCUUUUGCCUGGUCUUGGCCACUCUGUGCGUGGCCGAAGGUUGGGUUAAGACAGCCGCUGAGCUCUGGUCGCCCGAUGCCACCGGCGUGGGGGAGAUGGCAGGGACCACGAGGGCGGCCGCGAAAUCGGCCGCUCGGAAGGCUUUGGCGAAGCAGCGAGGUCGUUCGGUAAACACACUGCAUUCCAUGACUACGUUUGCGUGCAAUGCAGACACCCGGUCUCUCGCCAGGACUGUCUUCUACGUACUGCAGCCCGAAGGUCUUCGCUGUUCGAAGAUGCUGGAGGAGCUGCGAAGCAAGAAGUCGACCGUGCUGUACUUCAGCAGCUGGGCUCACUGGUCUUACAUGGACACGGCCCGCCAGCACGUCGUUCGGCUUUCGGACCUGGCGGGGUUGGAGAGGCUCGGCCUAGACCUCUCCAUGGUCGAUCCUGCAGGCUCAGAGGACGACCGAGAAGCCGCUGCGGUUUGGCAGGACACAGUCGCUCGCAGGGUGACGAAGCUGACACACUGCCUACUGCGGUUUCGCUGUGGCUCGCAGCUGAACUCGACCAACGGCUGGGGUUCGACGGCCGGUCUGUUGCACGAGUCCACGGCCUGUCGGCAGGCUAGCUUGCGGUUUCUUGAGCAAGUGGACAAGACUGUCCAGGCUGUGUCGGGCGAAGGGUCUCUGGAGGCCAAGAAGCUGCUCGAAGGCCACCCGGCCACGGGGCCAGUCAUGGCCAAGUGUCUCUCGGAGCUCAGAGCUGCGUCGUUCGUGGAGGUGCCCCCCGAGACGUUCGCCUGGCUGAGCGACAGCUGGGGCGGUCUGCUCAACAGCAAGCUCGUCGAGGACGGGAACAAGGUCCAGCGAGAAGCGGAGCAACGAAACGGCACCUCGAAAACCGUCGGCCGUCUCGAGGGCUGGCACGGCCUCUCGAAAAAGAAGCUGCUCCAGUCCUACGGCCGUCCAGAGGUCGCUUGCGGGACGUUGGUGACCGUUCCCCAGUCCUUCGAGGCGGACGACUGGUUCGUGCGGAAGAAGAGGGCCGUUCGGCGAGACUCGAGCUGUUCGUCGGUGCCUCUGGACGUGGAGGUGAUCGACGAGGAGACCGUGGAGGAGGCCUUGCUGCAGGGCGUGAGCAAGAGUCGAACGUGGUCGUCGCCGACCCCCGAGAGCGAGCAGGACAAGUUGGCGGCGUUUUCGCUCUUGAGCAAGGUCGUUCGCGAGAAGCUUGACUGGUCCUUCGUGGAAACGGCCUGGUGGGCGUCGCUCGCCCCUGAAGGCCACGGGCUGCUUUUUCCCAGUGUGGACCCGUGUUACGUCGUUCGAACCUACGGGAGGGCUGCGUUAGUCUGGCCAGCGAAACUGGAGCCCUUCGGCGACGGCCACGAAAAGCUCGUUUUGCAGACCGAUGUAUCGUCGCUCUGCUGGUUGCAUCUGCGGGACGAGAACGUGGAGGUUCUCGAACUGGUGGCCACGUCGCCGCAGCGUGUUCUGGCUCCUUUCAAGGGUUUUUAUGCUCACAAAUUUCACAAAGCUUCCCAAGCCGCCUUCAAGAAAGGUGCGAGAUCCUUGGGCGAACGUCACCCACACGGCAUCGCCUUCAAAGUGGCGGCCAAGCGACCGUUGCUCGUGCAUCAGGAACAGAGCGGCUUUGCCGGGGUGCCUGAAUGGGCUCUGCGAAGACUGGCAGCAAAGAAAGGCUGGAAGAUCGAGGCAGACGAGCCCGGCCACGAGGAAGACGACCGCCUCGCGAUCGCCUGCAUGCUGUCGCUCGAUGCGUCCCUGACCAAGGAAGAAGUGGUCGGCCGCCUGCUUCACAGGCAAGAGGCCGCCACAUGGGGCGAGGGAGCUGGCGUCGACCUCGAGGAGGUCAUUCGUGACACCAUGUUAGCGGCCGAUCAAGACCAAGCAUUGCAACAGCUGGCGAAAAGGCGAGCCACUCAGCAGUCGGCCGUAGACGUUCGGAAGCGUGGCAUCAGGACGUUCGAACACGUGGCCAAGACUUUUGCUCGGCAGCCGGCCUUCAAAGCCGCACAGGCCGCUCGAAAGGAGAAGGAAAAGCGGGAGGCCAAGGCGGCGAAGGAGAGGGCGGCCGCUGUCAAGCGGUGCUAUGCGGACUGCGAUGAGAACGUCGAUCGGGCCGUGCAGGUCUCCGUGCCAUUCCGUGUGCGGGCCUACAGGGACGACCCAAACGGUCGCUGGAAGCUGUCGUACAGUGCUCGUUGGGCCCAGGCCUCUCGGAGCAUUUCGUGGACGGCGGUGGGAAGCAAGCGGGCGGGCUGCGAGGUCAUUCGUCAGGCGUGGAAGUGGGCAGAAACCUUCGAGGGCCUGGAGAUCUCUGAGGAGGUGCAGAAGGCCAAGCGUGGCGACCUGGCUUCUCGACUCUUUAAGGUCGGUCUGGGUCCACAUGCAGGGCAGGAAGCUCGCGAUCCUCCCUUGGAUGCUGCAGGCUCGUUCCAGUUUUUGCAGCUUGCAAACGUUAGGAGCCUUGCAAGCACAGAAGUUCUGAAGGUCCGGCUGCAGCUUCGGCGUGAGGCAAGCGAGUGCUUGGUCCUUGUUUUGCGGCUGGGUAAGCGGAUGCUUCGAGAGAAAGCAGCCAUGAGCAAGAAGUGGAACCACAAAAAGAGCAAGGACGUUCGCAAAAGGUUUUUCGACCAAGCUCACCGGGCCUACGAGGACAAUCGCAAGAAGGCCGCUGCUUUCACAAAGGGGCACCGGCGUGCGGCCUCGCCCGACGAAGAGCCCGAGGACGACCGGAUGCCUCACGAGGACGAUGACAGAAGACCAGUAAACAGGCACGACGUCCUCCUGGACAUGUGGACGUGGACUCUCGGGUCGCCGCUUGGGCCUUUGGAGGAGGUCGGUUCAGGGGCGUAUGGCUUGGUCUUUCGCACAAGCUUCCUCGGGCAGCCUCUCGUUCUCAAAGUCGGCAAAGGCCGUUCGUUGCCAGACCCCAUGCGACAGGCAGCUGUUGGUGGAGUCGACGUCGCUGAGGAGUUCGACGUGCUCACGUCCGUCGGGCAGCACCCGAACGUCGUUCGCGCCUUCGCCGUUCUCACCAGCUCGCUCGGUCGGCCCGCCUUGUUGCUCGAGCCGGCAACCGAAAGCCUGCAUGCCGCUGCGUGCAGGCUGAAAGAGGGCCGAGACGGCUGGCUGGCCCGCCGCAAAUCGCUGGUCCCGCUGUUUCAGCAGUUCCUCGUCGGCCUCUCGUACGUGCACGGACGUUCGUUUUUGCAUCUCGAUGUGAAACCGAGUAACAUUCUCGUUUUCGAAGACAAGCGAGCGGCGAUUGCGGACUUCGGCUUGGCACGGGAGAUGGUGCAAGAGGCUUGCUGCGUGAUCGGCAACCGUGCCUAUACGGAAGCCUUUCGGUGCCCCGAGUGCCUCAUGGCGGACGACCGGAAGGUGCGAUUGACGUGCUCUGCAGACGUGUGGGCGGCCGCCGUCUCGUUUUUCGACAUUUUCAGCCCCAGGGAUGCGUCGCUCUGGAGAAUGCCUCCGAAGACGUUCGUGCGGGAGACGGAGGAGGCCACAGCCGCCGCCAUUCGCAAUAUGGCCCUUCGUGUCUGCGAAAAGGCGAUGCCGCACGACCAGACCAUGAUGAAGAUCCUGGAGCGGUCGUUCGUGCCUGCCCGGCAGAGACUCUCCUUGACUGCUUUCCUGGACUUGACCCAGAAGAAGUGUACCUCGACGAGCAGCUCCUUCACCGGCAGCCUGCACCGGUUUUUCGUUGGUUCUUUGACACUACACCGGACGUUCGAGGAGAAGCACCGACGAGAAGCGACAGCUAUCAUUCCAUUUGCUUUUUUGGUUGUCGGCCCGGCCGUCCGGAUGAGGGCAAUUUUCUACAAGAACAAAGUGACCCCGGCAGCGCAAAAGGCUGCACCGCAAGAGCCGCAGCAGCCAGCGCCGCCUCCGAUGUCCCAGGAGGAGGAGGAGAAGCAGAAAAGUGAGGCGGCAGUGGAGGAAAUGCUCCGAGAGUUCGACUCCUGGAUCUGA